CGUCCCACAUCCACAAAGCUAGUGAGAGUGAAGAAUGGAGGCGAUCCGGAGCCGGGCACUGUCUGCCCUUAGGAGACCCGGCUCUGCCCGAUCUGUACAGCUGAGGAAGAGGAAAUCCAAACUGUACAGCAAGGACAGCAGAGAAGCGUCUCUGGGAGAAGGUCUAUUCGGAGAAAACGUUAUCUUCGCCUUGCUGACAUUCACCUUUCGAGUGCUGAACUGCUUCAUGGUGCAGACCAGCUUUGUUCCAGAUGAAUACUGGCAAUCCCUGGAAGUUGCUCAUAAUAUGACUUUUAAUUAUGGCUAUUUAACAUGGGAAUGGAAUGAAGGACUGAGAGGCUUCUCAUACCCACUGCUCUUUGCCUCUGUGUAUAAAGUUUUGGAUUGGAUUGGCAAGGAUGACGUCCUCUUCUUGGUCUGGAUUCCAAGAUUGAUACAGGCUGUAUUUUCUGGCCUUGCCGAUGUCAGACUAUAUUGUCUAAUGAAGCGCCUGGAAAAUGCAAGUGUGGCAAAAUGGGUGUACUUUUGUCAGCUGUGUUCCUGGUUCACAUGGUAUUGUUGCACAAGAACUCUAACCAACACCAUGGAAAGUGUACUUGGCACAUUGGCUUUGUAUUCUUUCCCACUGGAAGGUUCGCCUACAAAGAGCAGUACUAAAUACUUGCUCUUUGUGGCCUUGGCUUUUCUCAUCCGACCAACUGCUAUCAUUCUUUGGAUUCCUCUGCUCAUAUAUCACUUCUUUAAAGAGCCGAAAAAACUAGAUUUGGUGAUCCAACACUGUUUACCUGUUGGACUCUUUACUUUUGGGGCCUCACUGAAAAUUGACAGAGUAUUUUUUGGUAAGUGGACAUUUGUUCAGUGGAAUUUCCUAAAGUUUAAUGUUCUACAAAACAUCGGGUCGUUCUAUGGGUCUCAUCCAUGGCACUGGUACAUCAGCCAAGGAUUUCCAGUCAUCAUUGGCACACACCUACCAUUCUUUCUACACGGCUCUGUGGUGGCACCAAGACGAUACACCGUUCUUUUAGUAGCUAUAGCUUGGACUUUGCUUAUAUACAGCUUUUUAAGCCAUAAAGAAUUUCGUUUUAUCUAUCCGGUGUUGCCGCUCUGCAUGAUCUUCUGUGGAUUCUCCUUUUCUCGUUUUAAACGCUGGAAGAAGACGGCUGUUGGUUUUUUGGUGGUGUCAAACCUUCUUCCUGCCCUUUACACCGGCUUAGUUCAUCAGAGAGGAGCUCUUGAUAUAAUGUCUAACAUUCAACAGCUAUGUACCAAGGAGAAUUCCUCCCUCCUGGUUCUGAUGCCCUGUCACUCCAUUCCGUACUACAGUCAUGUUCACUGUCCUCUAAAGAUGGAUUUCCUUGAGUGCCCCCCGGAUAUUGGAGACCCUGACAUGCAUGUAGAUGAAGCGGAACUCUUUUAUGUCAGUCCGAUCGCCUGGCUGAAUGCAGAAUUUUAUGACCCCGCUAGACUACCGACACAUUUGGUGAUGUUCAGUGUUCUAGAAAAGGAAAUAAGUCUAUUUCUGACUACAAACAGCUAUGUGAGGAAGGCAUCCAUAUUCCAUACUCAUGUGCCAGAGGGUCGACUUGGAAGCCACAUAUACAUGUAUGAACGGGACCUGAACUGAAGGACACUGGCUUUUUGGGUCACACCGUAUGUAAUCAUCAUAAGGAGA